AUGUUUGACUCGUUAGCAACUCCUAGACCCCUCGGCCAUGGAUCCGCAGAACGUAAUCCGUUCGACGUCCCUAAUAGUCCGCACAGCCCCAGCCCUGGCCCAUCUAGCCCCCAUCCGUUACUAACACCGACCAGGAUCCCUUCAAGUUCUCCCUUUUUCCCCCCAGCGCCUUCGUCUGGUCCCGUGGAUUUGACUCCUAGUUCAAAUACCCAACAAACACAGGCAACACCAUCAUUUGCAAACUCUAUUCCUACCACGAGCUUAACCCUUCAUGCUCCUGAUUUUACAAUGUCUCUACCCCCUCCUCCAAAGCUUGCAAACAAAUCCCCAGCGUCACAGGCAUCGCCCUCCCGGUCUCUAAGAUCCCAGUCCAAUUCAAUGUCAAUACCCAAACCAUGUUCAGCCUCUUCUUCCGGAUCUUCAACUCCCGUUUCUAAAGGCCACAUUCAUGUCAAACUCAUUCAAGCUCGCGGUCUUUCCGUUAGAACUCCAACAUCUCGUCCAUAUGUCGUCGUUCAAUUCGAACAGAACGAGUUCAUCAGUAGAGAUCCCACAGACGAGUCCGAUAGGGAGGUCAAAGGCACUGCUACCAUCACUAGACAUAAAUCAACCAACUCUAUAUCAAGCGCAAUGAAUGCUUUGGGUGCUAUACACGAUGCCAAUCUCAAGGCCUCUGCUAAAGUAAACGGCAAUUCAAAUAACACCUCUCCUUCAUCCUCCUUUGGUUCGCACAAGAACAGCGGGAGUAGCGGGGGGACUGGAGGUGGCCUAUUCAGUAGACUAUCAGUGCAUAAUCCAGUUUGGAAGCAUGAGGUCUCAUUCGAUGUAACCAAUGAAGAUUCAGUCAUUACCUUCAACGUUUACGACCGUUCAGCAUCGGAUCCAGGCUUUUUGGGUAUGCUCAACAUAAAGCCUGUUCUCGUGCACGAACACACCGUCGACCAGUGGUACAAACUUCGACCCUACGAGAACGAGGUCGUAACAGGUGAAAUACGGGUGCAAAUUACUUAUGAACAAUACAAAACCAAACGAGCUCUAACACCCCGCGAUUUUGAAUUCCUCAAGCUUAUCGGCCGAGGAACCUUCGGUAAAGUUUUCCAAGUCCGGAAAAAGGACACAAAACGCAUUUAUGCCAUGAAAGUCCUGUCCAAAAGGGAAAUUAUAGCAAAGAAAGAGGUAGCUCAUACCAUCGGCGAACGAAAGAUUCUUCACACGGCUCUGGAUUCACCAUUCUUGGUUGGCUUGAAGUUCAGUUUCCAGACGGAGAAGGAUUUGUAUCUGGUCACGGAUUUCAAGAGCGGCGGUGAACUGUUCUGGCAUUUGCAAAGGGAGACCAAGUUUACGGAGGAGAGAGCGAGGUUCUACGUCGCAGAGUUGGUGUUGGCGCUCGGACAUUUGCACAAAUACGACAUUGUAUAUCGGGACUUGAAACCCGAGAACAUUCUCCUCGACGCAACAGGACACGUUGCCUUGUGUGAUUUCGGUUUGUCGAAGGCAGACUUGCGAGCUGACGAAUUGACGACAACGUUCUGCGGAACAACUGAGUAUCUCGCGCCAGAGAUACUCCUAGACGAGCAUGGUUACUCCAAAAUUGUUGAUUUUUGGAGUUUGGGUGUGCUUCUGUUCGAGAUGUGUUGUGGGUGGAGCCCGUUCUACGCGGAGGAUACCCAACAGAUGUACAGGAACAUCUGUUUCGGUAAGAUUAGGUUCCCGAAAGGUGUUAUUAAUGAGGAUGGUAAGCAAUUUGUCAAAGGGCUCCUCAACCGGAACCCGAAACACCGGCUAGGCGCCAACCGUGACGCCGCAGAGCUCCAAGAGCAUCCCUUCUUCAAAACCAUAGACUGGCACCUUCUCUCACUCAAACAAGUUACACCACCCUUCAAACCAGCAGUCGAGUCGGACGAAUCCACGGCCAACUUUGAUCCAGAAUUCACGAGUGCUGACAUUUCUGAUAUCGUAGAUCUUGGUGACGACGAUGACGAGGAGUGGGAUGAUGAAGAUCCAUCGGAGGAUUGGGUCAGUGCGAGUUUGAGUUCUUCAUUACAUCUCGGGAACGGGCCGCUAGGAAGUGAGAAGACGACACCUCCACCUACGCCAUUUUCGCCUUUCACGAGUUUGAAUGGGAACGGGAACGGGAACGGGAAACUGAGUCGGAACCCGUCGUCCUCGUCUCGUAAGCAUGGGGAAGGCAUCACAAUCAAGGGAGCGAUCGAGAAAGUAAAUGGGGGGAGGAAGAAGAAGAGAAGUAGGGAAGAUGGGGGUAGCCCAUUGACGAGUUCUGUGCAGGAGAACUUUAGAGGGUUCACGUAUUCUGGAGAGUCGGUGACGAAUCACGCGGAUGCAUUUAUGCAUAUAAGAAAAGGGAGGAAUACGACGGCUGAUGACGAGGAUGAUAUGGACGGGAGGUCUGCUGCGGAUCCCAAUACGGAGGACGAGUUUGAAGACUUCGGGAAGAGUGCAGGGAGGUAUGCGCAUGCGAGGAGAAAGGGACUGGGGUUCACGGAUAUGGACGAUGAUAUGAACUGA